AUGUCCACCCCCAACGACCUCCAGGCCCUCUUGGCCAGUAUUCGUCCUCGUCCGUCCCCGUCGAAUACUCCCGGCCAUGAUAAUCCCCAGGCUCAGCGCCAAUCGCACUACCAGCCUGGCAUGUUCCCGCCGCAUCCUCAACAGCCUUACGACGGUCAGACCUACCCGCAUCCUCAGUCCCACGGUUACCACCAUCCAUCCGUGUCAUCGACAAUUCAGAGUCCUGCGCCCAUGAACACCCCUCCACACCACGGCUCGGACAUUAUGAGCCCCAACGUGGCAACUCCUCGUGGUGAAUGGCCUCAUCAGCCACAGAUGGCAAAUAACCCUGACCGUGCUGUCGACCUUUUGAGCCUGCUCAGGUUCAACCAGGGUGCCGGCCAACCUCAGGUCCCAGCUGCUGUCCCUGAACACUUGCGCUCCCCGCCAAUCCACGAACCUUCCUCGUCGCACGGACGAAACAUUUCCGCGUCUGAUUUGGUUGCUAGUUUGAUCGGCCAGAGCCCUUCUGCCCCUGCGGUUCCCGCAGCUGCCCCAGCUGCUGUUCCACCAGGAUUCCAAUCUGGCCACCCUGAGGGUCCUCAUGAGAACACGCAAGACAUGUUGCUUCGCUUGCUCAACCGUUCUCAGUCCAGUCCCUCUGUCGAUCCGUCUGCCCAGGCUGCAGCCCAGAUUCCUGCUGCAUUCAAUGAGCCCCAGGUCGACACAGUUAAGAAUCCUCUUAUGGAAGUUGUGGAUGAAAGUCCCCAGGGACCUGCGCACCCGGAAACGGUCGCAUCCCCUUCAAAGGAUUCUAUGUUCACUUAUGUCAACCCCUUUGACCAACUGGCUGCCAUGUCUCCUCGCGAGAAGUCCCCUCAGCCUACCUCGGGUGCUCAAAGCCCCGCUGUAGAAGUUGUGCAGAAGCAAAAGAUCAAUGUCACUGCUAAGCUGGAGCCUUCGCCGGCUCCUCGGGACAUCACCCAUCCGCCAGUCUUGAACGAUGGCCAGCGCGAGGCGGUGAACGGUGUUGUUGAACGUCUCGUAGGUGAGAUUGGCCGCUCGCUCAGCGGGGGUGAGCCCCAGGCUACAGCCGACGCGGAAGCUGCCCUUUCUGCUGUCCAGGAUGAGCCCUCCAGCGAAUACCUCGCAUCUAUUGCCAACAAUCUCCGAGAGUCUGCUGCUGAAGCUAAGGAAGCCGCCAAUUCGCUUGACGUUGAUAACAUUGUCGAGGAGACCGUGGUGGAAGUUGCUACGGUUCCCGUCUCUCAAAAGGCGAUUGAUAACACCGAGGUUUUGGCUGAUAGCUGGGAAAGCGCCGAGGACAGUGCUGAAAAGGAAGAAGAACGAGUUGUUUCUGUUCACAACUUCCCAAUGAAGCCCUUCAUCUCUAUUGCUGUGAAGCCGCAGUCUGGAAAGCUCAACACUUUCCGUGAUGACGACGUCAUGGACAUUGCUCGUCUGAAGAAGGAAUUCGAUCAACUUGAUCGUUCGUUGACUGCGGCUACCUCUGAAUACAUUGUUUACGCGCUCGCCAAGACCGGUGGAAUUCGAAUCAUUCGACAGGAUGAUGGUAGUGACCGUCAGGUCUUCCGCGCCACCCGUGACCGUGUGUUCAAUGUCGCUCUUUGUACAGCCGGUGACUCUGAGGUUCAAGCCAUCAUCGGUAUCGGAGUCAGUGGCUCUGUCUACUGGGCUCUGAUCUCCCGAUCUGGAAAGGACCUCUUCGAAAUGGACGCUUUGGAAAGUGAAAGUCUGAUCUUCCCACCUUUCCCAGCCUCCGACGAGAACACCUCUGGCGGCCAGCUGAAAACGCGGGCCAAGCGGAGCACUCGUCACACUAACCUGUUCGCUAUCGGACGAGGCAAGAACAUUUAUGUUGUUUCUCCUAAGGCGGCUAUGAACCCAGCCUAUGGCGUUUCCGGUUCUCAGCGCACAGUCAACACAGAGAAGUUCUUUAAGGAGCGCGCCUUGAAGAUCUCUACUGGUAAAGCCGGCAAGGACUUUGCUUUCAGUGACGAUGAUUCUGUCAUUGCUUCUCUCGACAAGACCGGCCGCCUGCGCUUCUGGGAUAUCAAUGAUAUGCUCACCGACGCGAGCUUGCUGGAAGGUCCUCCCCGGCCGAGGUCCGGGUCCCCUUGA